CUACUCAGGACAGACCUGCAGUACACCCAGAAUUCUGUGAGGUCUCAUAAGACCUGGAUUUUCCUCAUUGCCAUCUGAUCGAGAUCCAACAGGUUCUGGGUAUAAAGGCUCAUCACAUCAGCUUACUGGAUCCACAACCACAUUUAUCUACAAUAAGAUACUUUCUCAUUCUAGACUGAGUUGAAGGGGAUCUCUCCAUACCAGGCCAUGAGGGUGAGCCGGGUGUUACAGCUGUCCAUCUGCCUGGUGGGCCUCAGCCUGGCAUGGCGCUCUCCACCACCAGGCAAACCCUCCAUAGAGGGGGGUGGCCAGGUUCCUGUGGGCCAGAUGCAGGUGCUCUCUGUGGGGCUGCACCAACUGCUCCAGGGGGUUCAGGAAAGUGCCUGGAGGAUGGAGAGGCAGGGCGACCAAGUGUCAGAGGAGCUGAUGGGAGACACCCAGGCUGUGGAGAGGCUACGAGAGCAAGGUGUGCAGGUAGGAAGGACCCACAGGCAGGUGACGAAGAACCUCCAGAUGAUGACAGCACAGAGCGACAGGCUGGAGAAUUCAGCCCAGGAUGUGCAGCUGGGACUGGAGACUUUAUUGGCCGAGCAAGGUGCCUUGGAGCUCAGGAUGUGCCGUGUCCUGGAGAGGGUGCAGAGCAUAACCAAGCCAGUUCUAAGGAUGGAAAAACAGCUUAAUAUGAACCUGAUGAAGGUGAUAGUGGACACUCAGUCCAGACGUCUGUCUGACCUAGCCUUGGAAGUUAUGACCCGGGACAGAUUGAUUGAUAAGCAUCUGCAGCACAUUGUUAACCUGGAGGAACAGGCGUCUCGUAUCAGAGGGGAGAGGCCUCCCACCAGCGCUGAGGGCAGAUUCUGAUGAUGGCUCUGGCCCUUGUCUGGGCAACAACCACAGCUGCAUCAAUAUAAACACUCCAUUCAAAACUAUAAGAAUACAACAUAAUUAUAGUGGAAAUCUGAGAAAGAAAGACACUUAGCAUUAUUCAUACAAUAUUCAAGCUUAAUUUCUUCAUCCAGAUACUAUGAGAGGAUCUGAUUGGGAUUUUAAAAGGUAGACAUCCUUGUUGGGUAAUCUCCAAAGUGGUGUGGCUCUGUGUUAAUGUUUGAGGUUGAUAUUUGGAAGCUUUGUAUUGCAAUCCCUUGUCAGCUGGUGCCUCUAGGGCAAUUCAGGCAGAUGUUAGAGGGCCCUUUUACUGAAACAUGUGUUUGUUUCAUACAAUUGUGUUUUGCUUUUGUUGUUUUCUUUUCAUUUCAUGUAUUGUGUAAUUGAUGUGUAUAGAUAUCCAUAGUGUAAGGGUUGUUUAUUGAUGUGUUCAUGCAGGGCUCAUCUACAAAAGAGACCUUGGUCUCAGCAGGACUCAAUGCUUAAAACUGCAAUAUGUAACUUUUUGGGAAACCCCACCAAAGCAAGUCUAAGAAGCGGUAGAUCUGUUCUAUGUGCACUAUUUCUAUGCUACCCGUGCUUAAGUUUUGUUUUUGCAUCUUUUACUUUUGCUUUUGUACACCAGCUUCAAACAGCUGAAAAUACAAUAUUUGGGGUUAUGGACAAUUAUAUUAUACAGUGGUUUAGCUGGAACAAUGAUUCUCUACACUAUAUUGCUUGUUUUGCUACAUAAACUGAAAUUAGGCAAACUAUUAGAAUUUUAGCAACCAGUACAUUCUGCAUAGUGCAUCUUUAAAUAAAUGCAACCACAAUCAAAUAAACAGAUUCAAGGUAAUGGACUGGA